CAAGGAAUCAUCAGCAAGUACGUGUCAAAUGUGAGUUUUUUGGCCGGCAUCACUACGUUUAGUAUCGAAAGGCUAUUAAUUUCAAACAAACAUGUUAAAGUGCCUUACUUUGUUGGCACUGGCUGUGGCAGCCUCUGCCAGUGUUUCUGGAAUUAUUGAUAUCUCUGGCAAAGAUAAACAAAGACUGCUCCAGGCCAUAACUUCUGGUUUCAUCAAACUGCAACCGGAUGACUUAGAUAGCGUAUAUUAUGCUGCAAAAGGAUUUGAUAUCAUGAAAGAACCUUUAGUUAAAGUGCUUAUAAUGGACAGUUGUGCCCAUUUAGAAUACCAGUACAAGCCUGAAACAUCAGUAGAGUCAACAUUCCAUGCUUUAGCUGCUUGGAAAAUACUCAAGUGUGUUGGAAAAUUGGAAAAUCCUGAGAUUACAAAUAAAUUUAAAAAAGCUUUAGAGAAACCAACCUGUACUUCUGAUGUCAGAUAUGGAAUUGAGGGAUUGCAAUUGUUGGGUCAGCAAAUUCCAAACCCUGCUAAGGUUGCUCAAGUGCUGCAGCAAAAACUCAAAGAAGAUGAUAGCUUGUUGAGCUUGGGAAAUGGACUGCAUGCUGCUGCCAUGUUAGGAAACCAUGGUAAAUUUGCCAUGGACAGAGUAGAAGAUGUUGUUGUUCAAGCUGAUGAGGUUGAUGGUAAAAUGUUGCAAUGGGAAGGUGGUUUGAGCACUACUGGUCUCCUGUUAACUGGAUUAUUCAAAUUGAAAGAUGCAAAGGCUUUGAGCCAAAAUCAAGCUGAUAAAUUUGCUGCAUACUUAUUAACCAGAAAGAGUGUGCAAACAGCCAAAGGAGCAUUAGCUCUUAUUGAAGCUUCAAUGGCUUUAUCAGAAAGCUCUGUCUCUCCAGUCAGUAUCACUUUGGCUAAAUCCAGCCAAGUUACCCUUGAUAAACCAGAUUUGAUUGUUAAAGUUUCAAACUUGCUUGGAAAGCCACUGAAACAAGCACCAAGCCCAGUAGUUGCUUUAUCUGCUACUAGAUUAGCUGACGAUGUUGUCGUUCUCUCCAAACAACCUUUAACACCUGGAUCUGCACCAACUGAGUAUGUUUUGCCAUUGAAACUGGAGCCGGGUCAAUACAAGAUUUCGUUGACUGCUGGAUCUCAUACGUCAAGUAUCGUCGCCAGGGUUUUGGGUCCAAUUAAGUUGCAGUCUUUGGAAAUUGGCUUAGGGGAUUCCGAUGGAUCUUCGGCACCAAAGAUGAACAAAAUCCAACAACCGAACAAAGUCAAUUUGCAAGGGGAUUCCAAUCAGAAUCUUAUUGUCAAAUUUAGUUUGCCGCGCAGCGUCCAUCAAGCAUACCUCCGUUUGUAUGAAGGAAAGAAGGAAAUCAUUUUCAUUGCCGAAAAGGAUAAUUCUCAGUUAUACAAAAUCAAUGUGAAUCUUGCCAACGAACUGACGUACACCGGCAAUUACAACAUGGAAUUGAUUCUUGGUGAUUCUAUCGUGAGCAAUGGUCUGAGAUGGGAUUUGGGUAGUAUUGAUGUUAAGCUAACGACCACCGAAGGUCCCAAUGUACCAACUCAUGAUGUGAAACCCGAAAUAGAACAUAUGUUUAGAGUGGCUGAGAAACGCCCACCGCAGGCGGUUUCAAUGUUCUUCACGGUUGCAGCGGCCAGUCCCCUGUUACUUCUCUUGAUCAUCUGGAUGAAGAUAGGAUUGCCUUUCAACUACUUCAAUAUUUAUUCCGUUCCAUUCCAUUUGGGUUAUGCCGGUAUUCUCGCACUCUACACUUGGUUCUGGCUGUGUGGAAACAUGUUCUCCACUUGUGUGUGGUUGGUUUACAUCGGCGGAUUUACGUUCAUUGCUGGUAAUAGAAUGUUGAGAAACAUUGCCACCGACAAGAAAUAAUUAAGUUCUCACAUUAGAUUAUUUUAAUUUUUUGUAUUGUUCCGUGAAUAUAUAAAUUCAUUGAAUGACUGAAUCACAGAAGACCAGAUUUGUGUGCAUCAUUUCAUCUUUAAGUUUUGUACAAAAGAUAAGUCAGUGUUUUUUGCAAUUGAUAACAAUAAAGAAAGUAAUUAAUUUACAA